GUGCGUUGAAAAGCAGCUCGCGAGAUGGUAGAUUGCAAGAAGUGUAGGAUAUCCAAGUGAAAGCUGGCGUAACAAUGGAGCGCCUCAAAGCCGACUACCCAUGGACGAAAGCGCCGUUGGUAUGUGGUGCGCCGAUGCGAUUGAUCGCUUUGGCUUCUUUGGCAACAGAGAUCUCAAGAGCCGGCGGACUCGGGUUUGUAGGAGCUGGCAGCGAUGCGUCGAAUCUGGGAGAGAUUCUGGAAGAAGUGCAGAAGUUGAAGGCGAGUGCGCAGGGCUUGAGGGAAGUGGACAAUGUGCUGCCGGUUGGAGUUGGCUUCCUAUUGUGGGCGGGCGACCAGCUAUUGAAUGAUGCACUUCCACUUUUGGCCAAGCACACGCCAGCUGCCGUGUGGCUGUUCGCGCCUCGGGAGGUGGACCAGUUCCAGCAGUGGACGAGAGAAGUGAGACGAGCGACGGACAACAAGACGAAGAUCUGGAUCCAGAUUGGAACGGUAGCGGAAGCUUUGGAAGUGGUCGGGUCAUGCGAUCCAGACGUGCUGGUGGUGCAAGGCCAAGACGCUGGAGGCCAUGGACUCGACAGGGCUGCUGGCCUCAUCGCGCUCCUGCCCGAGGUCGACGAUGCAGUGACAGAUCUGUGCAGGACGAAGAAGAACAUCAAGCCCACAUUGAUCGCUACUGGUGGCAUCGUGGACGGGCGAGGCACCGCGGCCGCGAUCACUCUUGGUGCUUCCGGAGUGACGCUCGGCACUCGCUACCUUGCCGCGCCGGAGUCGAACAUUGCAAAGGGCUACCGAGACGCUGUUCUGAGGGCUGGCGAUGGCGGUGUGCACACGCGGCGCGUAAAGCUUUACGACACCUUGCGCGGCACACGAGACUGGCCCGAGCGGUAUGGCGGGCGUGGCGUGGUCAAUGAGAGCUUCUACGACGCGGAGAAGGGGGUGAGCCUGGAGGAGAACCAGCGAUUGUACGACGAAGCAUUGAAGAAAGGCGACGAGGGCUGGGGCGAGCAUGCACGUCUCGCGACCUAUGCGGGCGCUGGUGUCGGUCUUGUGAAGGCCAUGAAGUCUGCUGCGAGCAUCACCGAGGAAGUGAGAGACGAUGCGAAGCAGAUCUUGAAGCACGCGAGCAAGAUACCCUGA